ACGGUGCCGUGCCCAUCCAAAUUCCAUUCUCCUCUCCGUUCUUUACCUCCCCCCCUCUCUCGGAUGGGAGGGGAAUAAUAAAGGCGCAACCCCAUCCACCCCACGCCCCCGCAAUGCGCCUCCUCGCCGCGCUCCUGCUCUUCGCCGCGGCGGCGGCGGCGGCCGCGGCCGAACUGCCCGAGUUCAGGGAGGCGCCGGCGUUCCGCAACGGCGCGGGGUGCGCGGGGGCGCCCACGAUCCACAUCGCCAUGACCCUCGACGGCACCUACCUGCGCGGCUCCCUCGCGGGCGUCCUCUCCGUGCUCCGCCACGCCGCCUGCCCGGAGUCCAUCGCCUUCCACUUCGUCGCCUCCUCGGCCUCCCCGGCCCGCCGCCUCGCCAGGCUCCGCGCCGCGCUCGCCGCCGCCUUCCCCACGCUCCCCGCCACCGUGCACCGCUUCGACGCCCGCCUCGUCCGCGGCAGGAUCUCCUCCUCCGUCCGCCGCGCCCUCGACCAGCCCCUCAACUACGCCCGCAUCUACCUCGCCGACAUCCUCCCCCGCUCCGUCCCCCGCGUCCUCUACCUCGACUCGGACCUCCUCGUCGUCGACGACGUCGCGCGCCUCUGGGCCACCGACCUCGGCCCCGACGCCGCCCUCGCCGCGCCCGAGUACUGCAACGCCAACUUCACCCUCUACUUCACCGACGCCUUCUGGCGCCACCCCGGCUACCCCACCGUCUUCGCCAACCGCACGCGCGCGCCCUGCUACUUCAACACCGGGGUCAUGGUCAUCGACCUCGACAGGUGGCGCGCCGGCGGGUACACGGCCAAGCUCGAGUACUGGAUGGACGUGCAGAAGCAGGAGGCCAGGAUAUACGAGCUCGGGUCUCUCCCGCCCUUCCUCCUGGUGUUCGCCGGCGACGUGAAGGCCGUGCAGCACAGGUGGAACCAGCACGGCCUCGGCGGGGACAACGUGGCAGGCCAGUGCCGGGAGUUGCACCCGGGGCCGGUGAGCCUGCUGCACUGGAGCGGCAAGGGGAAGCCGUGGCUGCGGCUCGACGCUGGCCGCCCGUGCCCGCUGGACGCGCUCUGGGCGCCCUACGACCUUCUCCGCCGCGGCGGCGCCCGUGACGACCUGCUCGCCGCCGUGGCCUGACAAUGAGCGGCACACGUCGCUGGAGUGACAAGUCAGUCGUCCGAGUCCGGAUCACGGCCCAUGACCCGGCUCGGUUGCGGCGUCGCCGUCGUCGGGGUCGGUGUCGGUGACUCGGUGUAGGGGCAGUGACGGACGGACACGCCGUACAUGGUGGCCUCACAGGAUGGGAUGGGCCCGGCGCGGGCCCAGGUGGACAAUUUUAUGGCUAUGGUUGGAGUGGCCCUUUCGGUACUGACAUCUAGGCCCGCGUGCUGCUGACGGACGUGUCGAGGUUUUUGCUGUGACGGGCGCUGAGAUCUCGCCAGAUGCAGCGGCGGGUCGUGUACAGCUGUUGUUUUUUUUUUUUUUUUUGCCUGUUGGGGGAAUAUCUUAUUUGAUUCCAUUCGUUUUCUGUUAAGAUCGAAAUCUGUAACAGAUGUACCUUAUCUAUAGUAACACUAUAACACUGCCAAAAAUAAUCGAGGGGAUAUUUUUGUUUGCA